UGUGGGGAUUAGCCUAUGUUUCUUUCGUUUUCAUUUCCCGGAAGGGUCGAAUGUGAAAAUAGUGCAGUUUGUUUAUUUCUUCCACGAAAAGAUUGUGUUUUCUUUUUUUGUGAUAGACUUUAGAAAUGCGUGAGUCUUGGUUUAUUUUAUUUGCUCAGUGAAUCAGCUUUUGGUGAAACCGCUCGGGGUUUUUGUGUUGUUGUGUUUUUGGUGCAAUCAAAAAACAUAAGAACUAUUUCUAUGGCGAGCGUCUCUCCGUCACCUUUGAUCAAGGAGGAAACUAGAGCAGACAGUCCCUCACCAACAAUGCAUGGGAGGGAGGUCAGCUUUCAUCAAAUAGUUAAUCACCCUGCCCUAAAACAGCCUCCUUUGGUCAGUGCUCCCUAUCAAGGAGAUCUUUGGCAUCUGCCUGGAAGACUGAGAAUAAACCCCUCUCUGUGGGAUAAGGAGGAUGUAGUCCACUGGCUGCACUGGGCUCAGAAGGAGUACUCACUACGCCGGCCAGAAAAGGGCCGCUUUGAGAUGAAUGGCAGAGCCCUUUGCCUGCUUACAAAGGAAGACUUUAGACGCCGAUGCCCAAGCUCAGGGGAUGUUCUUUAUGAAAUCCUUCAGUGUGUAAAGCAACACAGGAGGAGCGUUGUCUGCCAGCCCCCUGAUGUAUCUGCUCCAAGUGGGCACAUUCAGGCCCCAGUCAGUAGCCAGAUACCUUCUCACUUCGUCCAAGAUCCACAGGCUGUGAAAGUCAGUGGAUGUUCAGCAGUUUCCCUUACUGUUGCUGCUGCAGCGCCGACAGCUGAUGCCGCUGUGAACUGCCAGCCUGAGCCUAUUUCUCCUCUUAGAGAGCAGCCUGUUUUUCACCCAUACUCUGCUUCACACACGCAUAACAAUAGAUCAGCAGCUGUCUCCACUUCGCCCCAAAACCAAAUCCAAUCACUCCCACUAAAAGAAAGCGUCAUCCCGGAGCCUCUUAAUCUGUCCAGUCGAGAGAGACCAAGGAGCCCACUGCAGAAAGCUAAUGGUCGCCUACCAGAGUGCAGACUGCUGUGGGACUAUGUGUAUCAGCUGCUGUGUGAUGACCGCUACCAAGACUACAUUCGGUGGGAAGACCCUGACACGCACGUAUUCAGGGUGGUUGACCCAAAUGGACUGGCACGCCUGUGGGGAAAUCAUAAGAACCGAGACAACAUGACCUAUGAGAAAAUGUCCCGUGCUCUGCGGCACUACUACAAGCUCAACAUCAUCAAGAAGGAGCGAGGACAAAAACUCCUCUUCAGGUUUCUGAAACUCCCUCAGGAUAUCAGGAAACACCAAGUCGACUCAGCUGGGUCCCCUGAACAUACACCACCUCAGGUUGUGGACUUUGCAGACAGCAGUCCUUUGCAGGAUUUCAGUGACGAUCAUUUUGAGGUUUCACCUGAUCGAGCAUCUCCACAGCCUCCCUCCACCGGUGCUCCAGUGGGAUAAAGAAGUAGAGUGAAAUCCAAAUUCAGAUAUUCAUAAAGAAUAAAUAAAGUUUUUUUUAAAGAAAUGUUUAGCUCCAGAAAUAAUCCACGAAAAACUGGCUAAAAACUUCUGCUCUGAGUGAACACUAACAUUAAGGUAAAACGAAACAUGUAUAGGGUUUAUCAAAAUGCAUCAACAAAGCCAUUGUAGCAUAUAUUUCUGAGGUUUGCAUGUAAUUGCACUAUGGUUUCUGGAUUUAUUUUUAAAUUAAUAUUCAAGUCUAGUAAGGAGAUGAAGCAGAGGUAGAUGUAAUCAAACAGAAUUUAUUAUUUUGAUAUCUUUUUGGGAAUUUGUUUUUCACAAUUAUGGGUGUUUGUUUUGCUUGAGGAAAUUUAUACAUUUGUUUUUGUUUUUUUAAAUGACAGUUGUGACAGAAUUGCUUUGUUGUUCAUAGACAUGGAGAGUCACAAAAAUGUAGUGCCUUGAAAAAGGAAAGUAAAGAUUUUUUAUCCCCAAGGGAUGAGUUGUUUCUAUUUUGGGGACUGCUGUGAAAGCCAUAAAAAACAUCAACAAAAAAAGAACCCAUCAGUCCUUACAAUUACCAGGAUAAAAGCAACAAAGAUAAAGGAUUUUUUGAGUCUGUUUGUCAUACAAUGUGGCAUUGUUCAUUUCUCUCCUAAUCAUAAAGGAGAAUUCUGCUCAUAGAGGAUCAGCCAAAUAACCCCAGGCUUAUUUAAAGUUCUCAAAUAAUGUAAAAACUCAGGUGAGAUGUGUUGGAAAUGUUACUGAAAACCCUCAAAAUACUUUGUUGGCGAUUCUACAUUUUUUCGGGAAGUGAUGCAUGCCAAGAAAAAACAAACUGCAGGAUGGAUACGACACGAAUAAAAAUGAUUUGACAUUAUAAAUAAA